AGUGGAUAAUUACAAACUCAACAACGUCACCUUCAAGACUGCGUUAAAGUAUUCUUCUUUUUAAGUCAAAAGCGUCUAAGCUUCAACGUUUUUUGUUCGUUUUUGUUUUACUAGUCAUAUUUAAGCUCGUAUGAAUACACAAACAAAUAUGGGUCCUAAUAGUGUAACACCGCAGAGGGGUGAUCAACUAUCAAAGACAAAUUUGUAUAUACGUGGUCUGCAGGAGAAUACAACUGAUAAGGAUUUAAUAAAUAUGUGUGCCCCGUAUGGCAACAUUGUUUCGACCAAAGCUAUUUUAGACCAAAAAACGAAAAAGUGUCGGGGGUAUGGAUUUGUCGAUUUCGAGCUACCACAAUAUGCAGAAGGUGCUGUCAAGGGACUACAGGCCAAGGGCGUACAAGCUCAGAUGGCUAAAGUGGGUAUCUUGCUUCAUAGGCCGGAAACUGUACGUUUGUUUGCAUGCAAGUAAUAUUAACACUAACCUCACCCAUACAACCAUACAUCCCAGUUAUGUCCUCUAGAUACGAGUACAUCCUUUAUAAAUAUAAAAAAAAAAUUUUAAAUAAUUUUUUUUUUAAAUAAUUUUUUUUUUAAAUUAUUUUCUUUUUAAUUAUUAAUCCUUCUCGGAUAUCUUAAGCAGUUUAAAAAGUCUGUGGAUUGUUUGCAUUUUUCGCUUCACCUUUUGUGCUCUGGCAACGAGUUCAACGAAGUUCAAUCAAAAGUUUUACUUUUACAAUACACACUUUGGAGUAAAAGUUUUAGAUUUUUUUACUUUUAUCUUUUUAUUAUAAAAUCUUUUACUUUUUAUGUUUAACUUGCACUUUUUUAAUGCUAAAAAGUGUGAAAGUUGCAACAAAAUUGUUUUUAUUUCAC